UAUCGUCAUAUUGUAGGCUCAGACCUACGAUUCAAGACUAUGGCGCGAACAGACGAUAAUUUCAACGGAUCUGAUGCCAGUGGAUCCGGUGGCGGUGAUGAGAACAACAACAAUGGCAACUCUUGCGAUUUGAAAGUCUUGAAUGUGAAAGCGAGAAAUAGAGACCAACAGUUAAUCAGUCUUCUGGCGUACUUGGUUCUUACUGUCCAUUGUGCACUCAGACUAUCACUCUUGGUAUACAGGUGUACAGCAAGCGGAUGUCACGAUAGCCAGAGUCCCGAUCGGGAGGAGUCUGAUUCGAUCGUCAUGCCCCUAGAGGGAGAGAGCAACAAUGAUAACCAGAUGUUGGCGGGCACGUUUGAGGAAAUGUCCCUUGAGUCAUCAGAUUCAGCUCCACUAGAGAACUUACAAACUCCUCAAGGGGCAACCGCUUAUCCAGACAGGGUGCCUUUAGAAGAUGAUGAAGAUGAAAUGGUUAAUAAAGCAAAGGCUCCGUGUGAACGAAAGAGGAACUUCGAUUCUCCUUUGUUAGGCAGAAAUGUUAGCAAUACACCAUCUCGAAGAAAAAGGCCACCAGAUAAACAAAAAGAGAAAGAGGUAGAGUCAAGUAAACCAAAGUUUGCCAAUGGAAUAUACAGGAGCUAAGAAGUGAACAGACAUUGUGGCCUACUUGUUGAGGAGACAACUCAUGAAAUUACUUCUGACAUCUCUUUAGCAGAAGUGCAAGAGAGUGGUGGUUCAGAACUCUCUGCAAACCAAGCAUCUGAAGAUGUGUCCCUAAUGGAGCUGCAAGAAAGUGUAUACGCUGACAGUUUUGCAAACCAAUCUGGAG